GCGGCGGCUGGGAGACCUCGCCACGGUGCCGGUUGCUGAGGGGCUCCCGCCUGCGGGCGACCGAUCGGGGGGCGCCGAGAGCCCGCCAGCAGCCUCCGAGGCUUCCUCCGGGCUCCCCGAGGCGGGCGUGGGCCGGGCGGCGGCGGUGGCGCCGCGCGAUGCUCGUGUCGGGCCCGGCCCCUCCCUCGGCUUAGGCUCAGGCUCGAGGAGGCGGCAGGCCGGACCCCCGGGGCCCCCGACCAUGGCACUGAGGGAGCUGAAAGUGUGUCUCCUGGGGGACACUGGGGUAGGCAAGUCCAGUAUCGUAUGGCGUUUUGUGGAAGACAGUUUCGAUCCAAACAUCAACCCAACAAUAGGGGCCUCUUUUAUGACCAAGACUGUCCAGUACCAGCAUGAGCUCCAUAAGUUUCUCAUCUGGGACACGGCUGGACAGGAACGAUUUCGUGCCUUAGCACCGAUGUACUACCGAGGGUCCGCCGCAGCCAUCAUCGUCUAUGACAUCACGAAAGAAGAGACGUUUUCCACCUUGAAGAACUGGGUUAAAGAACUUCGACAGCACGGCCCGCCUAAUAUUGUUGUCGCCAUUGCAGGAAAUAAGUGCGAUCUAAUCGACGUCAGAGAAGUUCUGGAGAGAGACGCCAAGGACUACGCAGAUUCCAUCCACGCCAUCUUUGUCGAGACCAGUGCAAAGAACGCCAUCAACAUCAAUGAACUCUUUAUCGAAAUCAGUCGAAGAAUCCCAUCCUCUGACUCCAACCCCGCAUCGGGCGGGAAGGGCUUCAAGCUCCGCCGACAGCCUUCAGAGCCCAGGCGAAGCUGCUGCUGACCCAGCCCCGGUGAGAAUGGAGGUGACCCUGCGGACAAGCGGGCGGGCAGUCGGCUCCCACCAGCCAGAUGGGGCAGAAAAGGUAUUUCACCGAGAUUGAAGACCGCGGCGAGGACAUUUUCCGUGCGGGCACUUCCUUCUGUCGAGAUGCGGGCGGGCAGAGGAAUCACAUCACUGACUUAGGGCUUUACUGCAAAGGAAGCCGGACUCGGCGGACUGGGCUGAUUCAACUGUUGAGCAGUUUAGUAAUCCAGGCUCUCUGUAACAUUUGUAAAGGGAAAAUUAGCACUUUCAGGAUCUUGAGGAAAAGCCCCGAUGGAAAUGAUCCUUCCCGUGGUUCCCCAUUACCACUAUUCCGGGGAAUUGUAUCAUUUCCAAUAGGGCGACAUAUCAUAAGUGGAGGGAGAGCAAUUAUUAUUUGAAGUUAAAAUGGGUGACUUAUAGGCCUGAUGGAAAUGGUUUUAUCCGCGCCAUCUCAGAGCACUUUGCAUUGCUGCAUUAGCCCGGGAGACGGCAUUCAACGCGCAGCCAUAAUAGCAGAUGAGCAUCUCACGCCCCGGUUUGCAUUCUGACCCUGUCCUCUCUGUCACCCAACACAUCAUUGGCACCUUUUGGUAAUAAGUUCUUCCGAUCAAGACGGGAGGGGGCCCCCGAAGAGAAAUGGAAUUGCAUAUGUUUAAACCGGUAGGCAUAAUAGUUUAAAAAGAGGAAGAGAAAGUAAAGAACGUGGUGUAAACGCUGUCAGGUUGGGGUUUUGUUUUUCUUUUCUUUUUUUCUUUUUUUUUGGGGGGGGUUGUCUUUUUUUUUUUAUUUAACUCAAAUAUUUUGGUGACAAAAGCAAUUAUCUGUCGCUUAACAUAUGUCAAAUCGUAGUCUAUAUUUAUGAGACUGUUGCUUAAAGAUGAUAAAUUAUGUAAAUACAUGAAUAAAUCCUAUGUUUCACUCAA